ACAACAGCAAAAAGUCCUGAAAUGGGAAAAAGCUGUCCAAAAGCUGGAAGGAAGUGUGGUGUCUUGAGAAGAAGUUGGAGGGAUGAAAGAAGGCCACGUAUUGACCAUUUCUUCAGUUCAGUUCAGUUCAGUUCAGUCCUGUUGGACUCUUUGCGAACCCAUGAAUCGCAGCACGCCAGGCCUCCCUAUCCAUCACCAACUCCCGGAGUUUACUCAAACUCAUGUCCAUUGAGUCGGUGAUGCCAUCCAGCCAUCUCAUCUUCUGCCGUUCCCUUCUCCUCCUGCCCCCAAUCCCUCCCAGCAUCAGGGUCUUUUCCAAUGAGUCAACUCUUUGCAUGAGGUGGCCAAAGUAUUGGAGUUUCAGCUUCAGCAUCAGUCCUUCCAAUGACCAUUUCUUAGAUCGCAGUAAAAAUUAGUUAAGUGCAUUGGAAAGCCAUUGAAGGAUUUUAAGCAGACUUAUUGCACGAUCAAAACUACAUUAAAACAACAACAACAACAAACUACUGGCUUUUAUACAGAAAAUGGAUUAUCCUUUAUAUUUUGAAAAGGAUUCAGAUGCAAGUGAUGACAAAAGCUGACAGGUGAGGUUGUGUCCCAACCUGUGAGUUAUAAAUUCCUUGCGUAAAUUAAAAUCACCUUAACCAUGCUCUUUCCUUUUCAUUACCACCUUGUUCUCUCAAUUCAGCAUUUAGAAGCAUCGUCCACAGGAUACUGGUUUUAGCUGGCCCACUGGUGAACAGCAGGUGCUCGCCUGAGAGUUCUUUCCCAUGAAGGCUUGGAGCUUGCCCCCUUGCCCACCAGGUUCUCAAAAUGUCAUCUGUCAAGGAGCAGCUUAUUGAGAAUCUAACUGAGGAAGAUAAGGUGUCCCAGAGUAAGAUCACCAUUGUUGGAACUGGUGCUGUAGGCAUGGCCUGUGCGAUUUGUAUCUUGCUGAAGGAUUUGGCUGAUGAGCUUGCCCUUGUUGAUGUUGUAACAGACAAACUGAAGGGAGAAACAAUGGAUCUUCAGCAUGGCAGUCUUUUCUUUAAUACUUCAAAGAUUGUCUCUGGAAAAGAUUACAGUGUAUCUGCAAAUUCCAGAUUAGUUAUUAUUACAGCAGGUGCACGGCAGCAGGAGGGAGAAAGUCGCCUUAACCUGGUCCAACGUAAUGUGGAUAUCAUGAAGUCAAUCAUUCCUGCCAUAGUCCAAAAUAGUCCUGAUUGUAAGAUGCUUAUUGUUUCAAAUCCAGUGGAUAUUUUGACAUAUGUUGUCUGGAAGUUAAGUGGCUUACCUGCAACUCGUGUAAUUGGAAGUGGUUGUAAUCUAGACUCUGCCCGUUUCCGUUACCUAAUUGGACAGAAGUUAGGUGUACAUCCCUCAAGCUGCCAUGGUUGGAUUAUUGGUGAACAUGGUGAUUCUAGUGUGCCUUUAUGGAGUGGAGUAAAUGUUGCUGGUGUUUCUCUGAAGAGUCUAGAUCCUAACAUAGGAACUGAUUCAGACAAGGACCACUGGAAAAAUAUCCAUAAGGAAGUUGUUGGAAGUGCCUAUGAGAUUAUCAAGCUGAAGGGGUAUACCUCUUGGGGUAUUGGACUGUCUGUGACAGAUCUGGUAAAAUCAAUUUUGAAAAAUCUUAGGAGAGUGCAUCCAGUUUCCACUAUGGUGAAGGGCUCAUAUGGAAUAAAAGAAGAAAUCUUUCUCAGUAUCCCUUGUGUCUUGGGACGAAAUGGUGUCUCAGAUGUUGUGAAAGUUAACUUGAAUUCUGAGGAGGAGGCCCUUUUAAAGAAGAGUGCAAGCACACUUUGGAAUGUCCAAAAAGACCUGAGAUUUUAAAACUUUUUAAUGUUCCAUGUUUUUGAGAACAGAAGAUAGUAGACUGUAUGUUUUAUAUUUUGAAAGUAUUCUCACCUGAUCUGUAAAAAAUAAAAAGAACAUUGGACCUAUGACAUAACUCCAGUCUCUCAAGACUAGAAAAAGGAAA